UCCACAGGCCAGGAUCUCUUUAAAGUGUAAACUUUAUUUGCUUUUUUCCAGGGGAAAUGUGUGAGCAGUUGAUAGACCACUGUAGAUCAACCCCCUGCGUUCAGGGCAACUGCAUCAAUUCACAGACAGGAUUCUCUUGUCAAUGUCCCUUUGGAGUCAGUGGAAUCCGCUGUGAGGAGCACAGCUACGGCUUCGAGGAUCUGUCCUUCAUGGAGUUUCCCUCAUUAGACCGCAGGACUAAUUUAAUCUCUCUAGAGUUUGCGACAGUGCAGAGUGACUCCCUGCUCCUCUACAACCCGGGAGGAUCCUCCAGCAGGGAGUUCUUUGCACUGGAGAUAGUAGAUGGCACCAUUCAUCUCUCCUAUGACCUGGGCUCAGGGCCCCUGAGACUGCACACACACAAGCAAGUGGCAGAUGGACAUUUUCACAGUGUCGCAGCCAGGAGGAUCGGAAAUAUGGGCUCUUUACACGUGGACAACUGCACAGAUGUCGACAACAAUGGGUUUUGUUUUUCCCAGAGUGAUGGCAUUAGCUCAGAGAGGACGUUAGACGUCGGCGGCAGUAAUGUGACAUUUGGAGGACUAAGGACUGUUGAAUUUAUUCUGCAACAUCCUGCUCAGAUAAAAACCCACGACUUUGUGGGAUGUAUUCGAAACAUUCGCGUUAACGGUUUCCUGCUCAGAGCUGCAAUGGCCCUCGCAACAUACAACAUUCUUGAUAAAUGUCCUCGAGCAGCGGUGUCACCAUGUCACAGUGACCCAUGUAAAAAUGGGGGGGUGUGCCACGAUCUCUGGUCGGACUAUCUCUGUGAGUGCAAGAGCCUGUUUAUUGGACGCAAAUGUGCCAAAGAAUCAUCAGAGGAAGUUGUAUUGCGAUUCACGGGGAAUGACUACAUGGAAUAUGUCAUCAAGGAGAAAUUCAAGAGAGACUUCCUGCUCAAACAGCUGCUGGAUGAUAAGAAAGAGGGAAACGACCAAAACCAAACAGGGAUUAACAUCAAGUUUAAGACCAGGAACAAUGGAGUGUUGAUGUCUGUUCUGGGACAGACGGGAUACAUCGUGCUAAAGAUUAGAGACAGGAGGCUCAUGUACCAAUCUGAAGACGCCGUGUCAGGACACCAGUCAGAUUUCACCGUGGACUCCCCGGUGGCCGACGGGGUCUGGCAUGUCGUGUCCUUGUUCGGCAAAGGACAGAUCCCGUUUCUCGCUCUGGAUGGAAAACCAGUCUGGAACAUCACUGACCAGAGUGUUGAUCUCAGUCCUGUUCGGGUGGAAAAGAUCGUUCUUGGUGCUGAUCUGUCACUUCAUUCAAAGCUCCAGCAGUCAGGGUUCACUGGGUGUGUGCAGUAUCUUAAUGUGAGCAGUCACACUCUGCCUGUCAGCGGACGCAGUGCGAUGGUGGACAUCUGGCCGAGCUGGACCCUCAUGCAGUCCAGCUGCAUCUCUCCCGGUGUCUGCCUCCCCUCCCCCUGCUCUGAGGAGGACACUUCCAGGAGGGGCUGUCUCUAUGGACAGUGUGAGAACCGGUGGAGGUGUGGACCGGCCGGGGAGAACAGCUCCUGCAUCUGUUUCCAUAAUGUCUCCGACCACGCCUGUGAUAUCUGCAUCUCUGCUCCAGACAGCCAGGAUCUGUGCUCUGCGGCGGGGGGCAGUGGCCCUCUGUGGCUCAUAGCUGUGAUUCUUCCCCUAACCUCCAUCCUGGUUGUUCUAGGAAUGAUUGUUGCCCUUCGUAGAAGGAGGUGGCACCAGGGUUCGAGUGAGUGCUUGGAGCAGAAGACAGAGCCAGGGACAGAAAAUGCUGCUUUUUGUUUUGACGACAACCGUCCACUCACAAAUGCUGCAUCUGCCGAAAGAGAGAGGCAGAAUGGCCCAGUGAGGGCUGAUCAGCAGAGUGUGGAGUUGUACUGUGAUGCCUGUCCUUCAAGUGUGCAGCCAGAGCCAAACAGUGAGCCGGAGUAUUAUGAAAUCGGCUGCAUCUCUAGUGCGUUUCACUCAGACACUGCCUCGCUCAGACUCAGCCGGCACAAGCAUCUGCACGGCACAAAAUGUGUGAGCGCUGAUCCUCAACGGUGCGGCGAUUUGAAGAUGUUGUCAGCAGGAUUUAAGAGAGAACCCUCUGGUGAAGAGAGGGACAAAAGUCCAAGGAAACCUCAAAACAUGGACACCCUAAACAAACUGUUACUCACUAGGAUUGAUGCAGAGCAGUCACAACAUUCACCUCCUUGUUACACGAAUAGGAUCCCACAACCCGAGCUCCCAGAACCUGUGCAGUGCCUCACUUUUGAGGAAAUUAGUAAACUAAAUGCUCCUCUUGAGCAGACGCUGUCAAAUCAGGUAUUCCCAAGUCGCACCCCGACGAUAGAUGUCUCAUCCGACAGUGACACAGACAGCACGUCCACCUUCUCAGAGUCGGGGUAUGGACAAGUUUCUGUCAUCGGCACCAGGAAAUAUGGACACGAGCAAUCAAACCUCUCAACACACAGCUGCAGACAACCUUUCCCUGUGAGCAAGUUCUUUAAACCCUCUGCUGCAGGUCAGCUUGAAGAUGAGAACGCUCCCUCCAGUAUGUUUGAGCACUGGGGAAAGGUUUUAAACAUGCAUCUACCUUAUAGCAGCUAUGUGCCUGUAUUUGAGGAUGUUGCACGUUUACCCUUGGAACCCAGUCAUAGUUAUGAUAUGCAAAGCGACAUAGAGGAAAUCAUUUGAUUGGUCAUUUUACAUGUGUUAGUUUUGUUUAUCAAAAUUUAAUAACAUAGAAACCUGAAGUUUUAGUUUGGACUGUAACCAGGCUCUGGAAAAGCAGUGAAAUAUUUGAUCUUUCAGCCUUUUCAUGUUUAAUUGGUCAAUUUGUGCUGGUUUCCAAGACAAGUCCAAUUAAAAUGUAUCUUUAUAACAACCAGAGAAUGUUUACUAUGAUGAAACCGCAUCUUGUAUUUGUUGUACAGAGAUAGGGAAACAGAGCUGAGAUUCACACUGUGUCAAAUUAUUACUCUGCUGCUCCUGUCUGGAUCUUUGUUCAUUUAAAUGCUUCACAAUUAUGACAAAGAAGCAUAAACUUUCAAACAAAUAGUAAAUUCACUCAUAAGAUUAAGAUCUGUGUCAGUGGGGAUUCUUAUGUAUUGUACAAAUUAAAAUCAAAUCAAAUCA